UCCUCUCGCCCUCGUCUCUUCCUGCGAACGCCACCAUGUCGGCCCACGAACCCGCCAUCGGCUCCCCCCUCACUGCCCUCGACCGGCUCGAGCCUGUGUACGCCCCGCCGGUCCGGACCGCUGCGUCGUCGGCCGAGGAGGAGCGUCGCCGCCGCCGCAUGAUCUCGAACCGGGAGUCCGCCCGGCGGUCCCGCCUGCGGAAGCAGCGCCAACUCGAGGGUCUCCGCCUCGAGGCCAACCGGCUCGGAUCGCAGAACCGAGGACUCGCGGACCGCCUCGGGGCGCUGAGCUACUACGCUGCGCUCUUCCGCCGCGAGAACGCGCGGCUCCGGGACGACUCCGCAGCGCUCCGACGGAGACUAGACGACAUCCGCCGGUCGGCGUUGUGGUGGCGUCUCGUGCGGAUGCCUCAGAUGCCCUCCGCCGACUCUGCUGACGUCGGUGGGAGAUACGUGCCGGUAAACGAUCCCAUAUUGGCGUCGCUCAUGGUGUAGAAGCUUUUCUAUAUCGGUGAAACGGGAAUUGCUGGAGGAAUCGGCUAAGAAACGCCACGAAGGACUUCGACCUGCUAUGACAAACUCGGAAUGCUGGCGGGAAAUAUUUUAACUAUUUAUUUUUCUUUUCUAUCUUGUUUUCCUUUU